CCCGCGGUCACACGUGUGACCGAAGCUGACAAGUGGACACCUCUGAGGCUCGGAAGAGGCAUCCUGGAACGGCGAUGGCAAACUUCAAGGGCCAUGCUCUCCCAGGGAGCUUCUUUCUAAUAGUGGGGCUGUGGUGGUCAGUGAAGUACCCACUGAAGUACUUUCACCACAAGGGCUUGAAGAAGAACAGACUGAGCCGUCAGCAGGAGCGGAUUGAGAUCAUUGAAGGUGCAGUGAAGGCCCUAUUUGCAAUCAUUGGGAUCCUGGCAGAGCAGUUUGUUCCAGACGGACCUCACCUGCACCUCUACCAUGAAAACCAAUGGGUCAAGCUGAUGAACUGGCAGCACAGCACCAUGUACCUAUUCUUCGGUGUCUCGGGACUCAUGGACAUGCUCACCUACCUCUACUUCCACAUGGUGCCCCUGGGGCUAGACAGAAUGGUUUUGGCUAUGGCCGUAUUCAUUGAAGGUUUUCUCUUCUACUUCCACGUCCACAACCGACCUCCCCUGGACCAGCACAUCCACUCACUGCUGCUGUUUGGUUUGUUUGGAGCGGCUGUCAGUAUCUCUCUGGAGGUCAUCCUUCGGGAUAACAUUGUGCUGGAGCUUUUCCGAACCAGUCUCGUUAUCUUGCAGGGAACCUGGUUCUGGCAGAUUGGAUUUGUCCUGUUCCCACCAUUUGGAAGGCCAGAAUGGGACCAGAAGGACAUGGACAACAUCAUGUUCAUCACCAUGUGCUUCUGCUGGCACUACCUGGUUGCUCUCUGCAUCGUAGCCGUCAACUACUCCCUUGUUUACUGCUUUCUGACUCGGGUGAAGAGACGUGCAAAAGGAGAAAUCAUUGGGAUUCAGAAGCUGAAGUCUGAUCACACUGACCAGUCAACCCUUUUGAGUGGCUCGGAUGAGGAGUGACAUCAGGCUUGGGAGAGUGGAGACCUCACAUCCUUUUUAAACAAUAGCUGGAAAGGAUGCAGCUUGUCCCCUGUACUCCAAGGCUUGCCUUAUGUGCUCCUGUCCCUGGGACUCUAAGGUUUGCCGUAUGUGCUCCUAGGGCUCCAUAUGCUGCAUCCCUCAUCUAAUACAAAGCUAGAGGCUCAAAUACAGGAAAUGAGACCUCGAGUGGUUUUUAUGCACCACAAUAUUUAAGCAUGGCUUAUCUUAAAAUCUGUAUUAUAGUAACACAAUCCAUACAGAAAAGUGAACACCUUCUAGAUGCAGGCCUGUCCUUGUAGAAGAAUGACUUUACGACUCUGAAUUACACUAGGAAGUGACCAUGUGGAUGAAGCAGGCCGGACAUCACAUGCUGCUUCUGAUAACUUGCCCCUCUUCUCUCAAUCAAGCAGGGACUUUCUUCUCAGAAAUGUACCAGAAGUUAGAUGGCAACAGCUCAGUGUCUUCAAUGCAGAGCCAAGGCUCUA